AACAGAUCUUUAAAAACAUGGCAGCAGAUGAGGCUCUUUGCUCAGAGUUCAUGGACUGGGAACUUGACACUAACACAUGUGAUGGACUCAGACAGGAGAAGCAGCUGUCUGCCUCUCAGAGGAGGUGCUACAGCCUCUGCAGGAGGAAGUCAUUUGGUGCCUUCGUGGCGUCCAAAAGGGACGACAGUCAAGAGGAAGGAAGCCCAUCUUGGUGCUGCUGUGGCCAGACCUUCAAGGAACACUCUGCCGUUCACAAACACACGGCCAGGACUCAUGAUGGUGAAAUACGGAAGCUCACACAGGACACAUAUGAGCGUUUGUUGAGCCGGCUGGAAGAAGAAGCUGAAACGCAGCAGCCAGACGAGCGUGAGGCCGAGCCGGUGGACAUUUCUGCCUGGAUACCUGAAACCGGUCACGUCUCUGAGGAGCAACUCCAGAAGGGUCCAGGCAAAGUUCUCCUCUAUUAUCGAUACUGUCAGGUGGAGGAUCCACAUGUCAUCUGCGCUUGGCAGAAAGCUUUGUGUGAGAAACUCCACUUAACUGGCAAGGUGAGGGUGGCGACUGAAGGCAUCAAUGGAACAGUUGGUGGCACCAACACGGCCACUGACCUUUACAUCGACGCAAUGCGUUCACACCCGCUCUUCAAGAUGGAUAAGGAGGAUUUUAAGACGAGUGAUGGCGGUGCAGAGUGUUUUAAAGACAUGAGGGUCGGGGUCUAUAAGGAAAUCGUCCCAAUGGGAAUGGAUCCUGAUGUUGUUUCCUACCAGCUGGCAGGAGUUCAUUUGGAGCCGGAGGAGUUUCAUAAAGAAGUGCAGGCUCUGUUGGCUGAAGGGGAUUCGUGCAGUGACACCAUCCUCCUGGACUGCCGCAAUUUUUACGAGAGUAAGAUUGGCCAGUUUACUCAGUGUCUGGCCCCGAGCAUCCGUAAGUUCAGCUACUUCCCGGACUACGUGGACCAGAACCUGGAGCUGUUCAGAGACAAGAAGGUCUUGAUGUACUGCACAGGAGGGAUCCGCUGUGAGCGCGGCUCUGCGUACCUCCGCUCCAAAGAUGUGUGUAAAGAAGUUUACCAGCUGAAAGGUGGCAUCCACAAGUAUCUGGAGCGAUUCCCAGAGGGUUUCUAUCGAGGGAAACUUUUUGUGUUUGAUGAACGCUACGCCAUCUCCUCCAACGAUGACGUCAUCUCGGACUGCAGGUACUGCGGCUGUCCCUGGGACCGGUACGAACUCUGCUCCACUGAGUUCUGCUGUCAGCUGGUUCUGUCCUGUUCUGGCUGCAGACUGGACGGACACAAUGCCUGCUGCCCAACCUGCCAAACCAAAGGACAGGCUCGGAGCCAGGCGGCCCACGCUGCCCCGCACCACAAAGAGGAGUGCGAGUGCACUGAGGGACGUCCCAGAAUUCCUCAGGAUGUGUAGCGACAGAAGGGUUACGAUUGGACACAAUGCUUGGACAUGAAAAAUGCUGCUUGUCCAGAGAAAUUCAAGAAGUAGUGGAAGGUGCCCAGUAUAUUUUUACAAAAUCAUGAAUUUCCAUAUGGAUGUUGGGAUUUAAAGUCAGAUUUACUGUUUCUAAGGUUUUUUAUUCUAUUUUAAUCCGUGAGUCUGAUAUUAGAUGAUGACCAUCUGUUCAUCUUUUAUUGAGAAAAUGUAAAAAUACAUCUGAGUCCAUGAGUUUAAUUACAUGAUUUUUUUAAAACUGGAAUGCCUGGUCAGUAAUGAAAGCUCCCAUCCAGGAGAUAUUAACUAACAAGAGUGUGUGUGCGCUUGUCUGUGUAAAAAUGGGAUUUUAUUUUUUAUUUUUUAAUCAUUGCUUUGGCAAUUAUUUGGGUUAAUUGCAUGCUAUUUUUAUUUGCAAGAAAUGGUCAUGGUUUCUAGGACUGUCCUCGACCAAAGAAAUUAUUAUUCUACUUACACUCGUACGAUUUUGUUGACUAAUCGAUUAGUUGACAUAUUCUUUAAAAUCUUUAAAACUGAGUUUCUCCACAAAGAAUCACACAAAAGCACCAGUUUGAAUCUCGUGUUUACCAGAGAUGUGCUCAUCAUUCAAAAGCAUAAAAAACGACUAAUCAACUAAAGAAAUCUUAGUCCAGUUAGACCAAGACAACCCAUUGGUCAGCUAAGAGGGGGGCAACCCUAUUGGUUUCACAGACAAUUUUAAAUUUAGUAAUUUGUAGCUAUGCUGCAUAAAAAAGUAUAGAUACAAAUAUAUGAAAAACACUUCCUCACAUAACGUUCCUGUGCACUCUCAACCAUGUUGUCUCUGGCUAAAGUAGGUUACCGAGUCUGCAGCUGUGUGCUUUACACAGGAUGACAACAUUUCUGUGUUUUACUCUGUGUGUGAUAGUAUGAAACCAUGCAAAAACAGGCCGGGUUAAGUCUUGCUGUGGGGCUUAUAAAGGAUUCUCUUAAUUUAUCGUAAUGUCAGACUGAGAGUUGAAUCUUAAUUUCCUAAUUUACUCAGGGAGAAAUUCACAUCUACAGAAACAAAAAACGCUCCAGAGGUAGGAAAAAUACAAAUACCUGUUUACAAUGAAAUAAACAAAACA